UCGUGCGCUGCGGCCACGGACGAAACAUGUGAAUCAUUUGCCUCCUCCCCGUUGAUAACCGUAACAACGACUCGAUUAUUUAGUGAAUUUUUUAGACUGCGAGGAUGAUGUCGAAAGUGUGGUUAAUUGUUGUCGCGUUGGUGCUCGCGGCUAAGGCAAGUAAUGCCGAGUUGCAGACCAUUCACGAGUGGAAGUACAUGGACUUCAUGUGGGACUCGAAAGAACAUAAGUUGGACGCUGUCAGAGCUGGCGAGUACAAUUCCUCGCAAGUGUUGCCUUCUGACAUUGCUGUUGCUAAAGAUGGUCGAGUAUUCGUAUCACAUAUUGGUUACCAGGGAGUACCGGCACGACUAAGUACAGUCUCGAGUCGUGUGUCCGAGUCAUCAGGACCUUUACUGUCACCGUAUCCUGACUGGUCGUGGCAUGCCCGAGGCGAUUGCAACGGCAUAACCAGUGUGUACGGACUCGCCAUCGAUCAAUGCAACAGGUUGUGGGUUUUAGAUACGGGGAUCUUGGAACAUACGAGACAGCAGCCAUACGCUCGUGGCUGCCAAGCACAACUAUUAGCCUUCGACUUGGCCAGGAACAAACUUGCCAAAAGGAUCAAGAUACCAAAUCACAUUGCUCAAAAUGAUCAGGGUAUGACGCGUCUCGUCAAACCCAUCGUCGAGACCAAGGGCCAGCAAUGCGAUCAUACCACCGUAUACAUGACGGACUCCGUGGGCCACGGCCUGGUAAUCUGGAACGGCAUCGGUCUGUUCCGCCUGGAAGGUGAAGUUUACAAUCCAAUCGACUCGGCACGCAACGUCAGCGUCGGUCAUCACAGCUUGAGCAUCGGCGGCGGUGUCGUCGACAUGUCACUCUCGCCAAUUAUCUUCCCGUACGAGCCUCGUUAUCUGUUCUUCCGACCACUCGCUUCCUACGAUCUUUACGCUGCCAACACUCGUGAACUCACACGGAGUGUUUACGGAUACAGAAUUAAAUAUUUUGGCGCCAGAGAUAUACUCAGUAGUCAAGCUGUUGGACAGGCUUUCUCGUCUGAUGGUACGUUGUUUUUGGGAUUGACUAAGGAGACUGCCAUUGCUUGCUGGAAUCGAUAUAGAGAGCUCGCUAAGGAUAAUAUUGAAAUCGUGGCUCAAGACGCAGAGCGACUGCAGUACGCAAACAGUCUUAAAGUGGUGCCGAAAUCGAUAACAAAAACUUCGGAAGAACUGUGGGUGCUGACCAAUCGAUUUCUGUCCUUUCAACUUGGACUAUUGAACUUCGAUGACGUAAAUUUCCGUGUAAUGAAGAGCCCCGUGAAAGAUCUCGUGGAGGGCACAAGGUGCGAGCUGCCUGCACAACUUAAAGCAGCACUUCAUAGGACCAAGGCUAACUUGUACAAAUAUCCUAAGUGAUGAUAUACUCUAAUUUUUUUUUUUUUCGUUAGCUAGCUUAUAAUAUGUAUUUACAGAAUAGCUAGUUUAAGCAUGAUUCCUGAUUAAUUUUAUAUGUAAUUGUGAUAUGUGUAUUGCGUAUUUUAUUAUGUAUCCAUCAUAUCAUUCAUUUAUCAUUGAUGCAUUAAUUUGUCAUCAUUCAAUCGAGUCGAUUAAUCUUCUGAUAUAGUUUGAUCGGAUCAUUGAUCAUUGAAAAUUCAAUGGUUUACCAUUUCGCUCAAAUCGUUUAGACAGCAAUCGAAAUAAAAUGAAAUGAUAUCAAAAACUCGACAUUUUCAUCGGAACAAGAAUUAGGUUAUUUAGUUUGUAAUUGUAGGUGAACGUUAAUAACAUUGUAUAGUAUUGUAAUAGUCGAA